CCAGGUUAGACUUCUUCAAAGGCAGCUGAAGACUGUAGCUGCACAGGAAAAAAAAAUCAGAAGACGAGAGAACUUUUCUGGGAAACAGAUGCUAAGAUCACCUUGCAUAGAAGUGUUUCUGAUGGUUUCUUCUGAUAGUAUUCCCAGUUGGACAGAAAGCCUGUGAAUCUGCUUGGAUCAUGAGGAAGACAAAGCAUUCCUGGGCAGCCUUCGUGGGAGGAGGCAACAAGGGGGAGAAAAUGGCUGAGGAAAAUGCAAGAAUACUGCCCAAGGCCACACAUGAGGAGAGAAAGAAGCAGGAGGCAAAGAGGAAAGGGACACUGAAAACCUUGGCAGGCAAAUUGCUAAAGACUGUGGUUGGUGGGAAGGAGACAAUGAAGAAGGCUGGCGGUGAGGAUGUGGCAGGGACUUUGCUAAAGAAGCAAACCAGUAGGAAGAGAGCAGAGAGAGGAACACCUGCAGAGGAAACGAUCUGCAGAUGCAUUGAGCAAGGAAAAUUUUUGGAAGCUUGUGAUCAUAUUUAUAAUCUGAAGCAUUCUGGAAAUGAUGGUGUGCGAAAGUCUGAAUCACUUUAUGCGCUACUGGCUGAACGAAUGUGGACUGUGGUGGAAGAAGCUCUCAGUGGAAGUGGUAGGAUGUUCCUGGAGCCAUUGCAGUCAGUGGGGGAAUCACUGAAGUGGCAGAAGCAGAAGGAAGCAGAGUGGCUUGGCAACAGCCAAGAAAUGGAGUCUGUUUCCACCUGGAGUCCAAACUUCUGGAGGAAAGAUCUGGAGGAAAAACUGAUACAGUAUGUGACAGCCCAGAUUCCCCUGUUUGGUUCCUCUGCUAACACAGAUGAUACUGCACUAAAACAGCAUCUGAGUCAUCUGGAAAUGACAUUUCUCCCCAGCCUGGAGCACAGAAGUGAUGUCUUCAAGGAAGCAGGACUGCUCGUCACCUACGCCCACUGCUGUCAUGCCUCUUUGUGUUCUCACCUUUCCACGCUUACUGACAGUAACCAUUUCAGCUUCAGCCAAUGUCUUUUAAUUUAUGAAUGGGGCCUUAAAAUAUACAAAAGUGGCAGCGAGGCCUGUCUGAGACCCUGCGAGAUCCCCCAGCACAACCUUUCCCUUGAUGGACAGUAUCUUGUGUGGAUUGUUUUGAAGACUGAGGAAAGGUUACUUGCACUCACACAGAAAGAAGUAGGGAAAGCCCUGAAAGAAGCCUUUGAUAUUGGGAAACCCCCUUGUACAGAUGCCGCAGUCAUUCAGAUACUGACAGAGAAGACAGAGGCUGCCAGGCGUGUCAGCAAGAGCCUGAGUGAGAAGGUGGAAGCUGUGUGCCUGGAGGAGUGCCUGAGGUUCCUGGAGAGCUAUGAAGAUGAAGUGAGAAGCUUUCUCCAGCUUGAUGGCUACCCACCAAUCUGCAGCAGCUUACGAAUCCUAGAGAAUUGCUGCCUUCUAAGGACUGUCUGGCUUAAGCUAACAUAUAUUUGCAGUGCCAGCACUGGCCAGGAUGUUAAGGUAAAUGGAUUUCUAGACAGGAUGGAAGAUGACAUUACAGAGUGUUUUCUGCAGACCAUCACUUCUAAAGUCAAGGGAACACUGAAGGACCACUUCAAAAAGUGUGACAGUGGUUUUGACCACGUUCUUGAAUCCUUAAAGCAAAGUUUUCUGGCCUUUGGGAAGAAAAAAACAGAUAUGUACGAGGCUCUCGUCCAGGCUGUCAAUGCCAUUGUUAUUACAGAAUAUGUGCAGGCUCUCCUGACCACUCCCAGGAAACCAUCUUCUGUGCAGAGGAGGAGGGUUGUCAACAAGAUAGAAGAAGAUCAUAAGAUGAUGCAAGCCAUCUUUAAAGAGUGCUUAGGUCCUGCAGCUGGUACCCUCAAGGAUCCCAUAAAAGCAAUUUUAGAACUUAUUCAAGCUUCCAAUGCUGAGGGGAUGAAAAUAGCUCUUCUGCCCAUUCUCAAAGAAUUUCCUGAGCUCAGGAAGGAACAUCUGAGAGCGGUGCUGGACAUCAAAGACUCGCUCAGCCAAGAAGACAGAACUGCUCUCUUGAAGGCAUUCGAAGAUAAUUGCAGGGAAUCAGAAACAGAAGCAAACUUACUUUUUGCAGAUAUAGAAGUAAAACCUGGAAGAUAUGGACUCUGUGGCUGCCUCUGCUGUUAGCAAAGGCCUGCUGUGAGAAUCCCAUGUGGCAGCAUCUGCAAUCCCAUCUCCUUGAAAGCAUCAGGGACCUAUGCAGCUGGAUGCAUGGAGAAGCCUGUCAGCUAUGGAAGACACAAUUCCUGCAUUUUUGCAGGAAAACCACGUGGCUCAAGUCCUAAUCUUCUAUGCAAAGUCCAGGAGGAAGAUGGGUGGGAUAUGGCAGAAAGACAUUGCUCCAAAAUUUCCUGGAGAUUGCCACUUAUCUGAGUGCUAGUGGUUAUUCUCAGGAUGUGGCAUGGUGGCAUGUGUGAAGGGGGAAGGUUCACCCUCACCAAAUUUCUCUUUGUUUCCAUCCCUUGUUUCCUGCAAUCUCUCGUGUGAAACCAGGGACUGCUGCAGCACGCGUUGUCCUAGCACUGCAACCUCCUGAGGGACCAAGGACCCUCUGAGGGAAUCCUUGCCUAGCCCAUUGUGCUGGGGGUGCCUGCUGCUCUGGGCACCUUGAUCCACUCCCCCAAAGCCUGACCUGCAGCAGGUGGGGUGCAGACAGAGCUGCCUCUUUGCUCUCUCACAAAGCCUGUGACCCAUUUUGGGGUCAGCCUGCCAUGGGGGGGCUGUGGGAUGGGGAGCGCUUCCCGAAUGAAUUUUACAGUUGGCUCCAGAGCACAGUCUUGCAUUCAUUUUUAUACCUCAGUUACUGGAAAUUUCCUCUUGGAGAGGGAGGGAAAGCCUCAUGGGAAGCAGGCAGUGAAAGGAGUUGUUUGUCCGAGCCUCCGGGCAAGGUCUCUGCUUUUUCAGAUGUAAAUAGGCAGUUCCGACAGGAAAACACUGACUUUUCUUCCCAGUUAUCUAUGGACUGGUCACAACCUCCUAGCUGGAUGUGGUUCAAGGCCCUCCUUUGCUAUUGUGUGAAAAUAGGCUGUUACUGCUCCUCUCUGACAAUGUAAACAAGCAAAAAAACUCUACCUCAUAGGUGCCAGUGUUUUCCUGAAUUGCCAUUCUCCCUCGAAUGCCCUUCCCUAAUAAGUAAAGGGGAAAAUUUAUGCAUAACCUGUCAAUGUGUGAGGCAGCAAAUGUGUCAUGCCCUGGGACCCUGGGAAAGCACAGACCUGGUGGUUCUGCCACAUUCUGUGGUGCUGUGCCACCAUCCCAGGGGCACAGAUGUCCCAGCUCAGGGGCAGCUUCUCUGCCCGGAGUCCUGGGGCAGACGGGGUCCUGUGAGCUCUUCAGGAGCCAGGCAGGUUUGUAAUUGUCACCAGCUUUGCACCUGGUGCAGUGCUGAGCGUGGGGAGAGUGGCAGAGAAGCAGGAAGGAACAGGCUGCUCCGUCUCCAGGGAGUCCUCUGUGUGCUUUCAGGGCCCCAUGAGACCUUGGCAUGGUUACACUCCGUCCCUCACGUCACUAAAGGGCAGCGAGAGCGUCCCGUGGCCUGCCUGCCCUUCCUGACUGCAAGGCUGCUCCAAAGGCCAGCCAUGGUGUCCCUCACAUUUCACAGCUGUGCAUUGCAGCUUCAGUGAGACCUUUCCUGGGAUGUGGGAAGGCUGGGGGAGCUGAGGAAGCUGCAGCCUGGACAGGUGGGCACAGCUGGGCUGUGUGGCUGGGUGGGCACCUGUCCUCCAAAGGGUGCCAGCCCUGCCAGGCACACUGAGCCAGUCACCCUCCCCUCCUGACAAAUUGCACAUUUUUUCAAAGGUGGGAAAGGGUGACAGACCUGGAUGACAGAACCUAUUGUGACAGCAGGAUCAGGGUCAGCCUCUACCUAUGGCAAUUUCAAGCAACAAGCCUUCCAGAGAAAAUAAAUAAAAUCCCCUCUGACAUUUCAGUCACCGUCGGGCUAAAAAUAAUGCCACAGCAUGUGGAUGGCUCUGACCACGUUCAUGUCAAUGUCUAUGUAUGUCUCUGCCAUUUGACAUCCACAGGCAGACGAGGGUAUAUUCCACUUGGAAGCAGCAGCUGGGAGCUGUGAGGGACGCUGGGCUGGCCACUGCUGUGUGUGGAGAAACACCCCUUUGUAGCAGCAAGCUUCUGCACACUGUGUGUAGCAUCCAGUCAUGGAGAGACCAAAUAAAGACCUGAGUUUGUCCAUGAGGCUUAGUGCUGGUGGCAUACGUGAAGUUUUCCAGAGCCAGAGGGCUCAGAGAUGUUGGCUGGGAUGGGGCAUGGGCAGUGAUGGGGAGAGGUGGCCUGGCAUGGAGGCAGAUGGUGUGGGAAGGAUGUCCUCUGCCACCCGUGAGUCACCUGAGGAGAGCAGAUGGUGUGUGGGGAGUUUCCUAGUGGAUCCCCAGGAGGGGAAGCUGUGGCAAGGGGACACUGGGUCACUCCCUAGGACUGUCUGAGGUGAUCAGGGAGGGGAGGAAGGGCUGUGGGGAAGGAGGAUGAGGGAUUUUCCUUGUUUGGGGGGAUUUUAACCCACUCUGUUGUGUGACCUGACCUUCCUAAGUGAUCCAGCCUCCUACUUUCUAGCCUUUACCUUAGGCUGGGGUUAAAGCGCUUGUGUGGGAUUUGUGCCGCUCUCUGCAGAGGGCUGGGAAGCAGGGUCACACUCAGGGUCCUUCUGCAGGAUUACCUUGUGGCCUUGGGAUGUGGGCAGGGGCAGUCCUGCCAUUGCCAUCAGCCUGCCAGGGCCACCAUGGAGCUGUCCUGCGUAUCUCCCAUUUAGCCCUGCACCCAGUGACUCCACCUCUGCCAGCAGGACAGGGUUGCUCAGAGCUCAGCACUCAGAGAAUCCCUGCAUAAAGUUCUCCUCCCAUUCCUUUGGCACCCAAGGUUUCACUGGGAUCCCCUUGGCACAAGGGUCAUGCCACUGCUAUGCUCAGCAGUCAUCCAGAUGUGCCAGCCUUGGUGAUGUGGGCAUCAAGGACUUACAUGUUGCUCUUGGUGGUUUAAUGCUCUGGCUUUUUUGGGAGCUGUGCUCUGUCUAUCACCUCUCUGGCUCUGCACUGGGCUGGUUGUGUGGUGAGCAAUGAUUUGUUACCCAUGUCCCCCACACUGCUUGGGGCCAGGGUUUGUCUGGCUGCUUUGAAGUGCAGAAAAGCCUCGCCAGCCACUCCUGUCAUUUGAGCUCCUGUCUCUGAGGGUCACCUUCAGUGCUCGAUGCCGAAGACAGUAGAAAACAGAUGCUCCUUAAUUAUGCUGCAAGGUCUGAGGAAAGACCUGACAUUUGCUGAGGUGCCACCUGCGCUUUCCUGGUUUUACUUAGUGUCUUUGCCAAGGAUGUGACAGGGUAGGGAGGGCUUGAUGGUAAAAAACGCAGGUAAUAAAUACUCUGGGACAUGCUGAGCUCUGCUGGAUAUCAAAUGUGCAUGAGGAGAAUCAAUCCCUAAAACUGUGAGACCUCAGGGAAGGCAAGCCACUUGCUGACUAUAAAUUAUAUGGUAAAUUGUGUUUUAUUCCCUUUUCUCCCUCCUCCCAAGAGAAGCCUGUCCGUGCUGGAAGCUCAACCACUGAUCCCAAUAUUGAUCAGAAUAACUUUCACCCACCUUUGAGAGUUUCCUCUCCAGCACCCAGCUGGGAGUGAUGCCCAAUCCACGAGUGGGGAAGGGCGUGUGUGGGAUAGGCAGCAUGACAAAAGCCAUCACAGGUAAUUCCCCCCAGCACAACAGUGAAGGUUUGAUUUUAAGUCUUAAAUGUCUUCCUUUACCCCAGCAGCCCAUGGUCCGUGUGGAAAGGAGGAGGAGGAGGAGGCAUCUGCCUGUGCUGCAGUCUCUGGCUCUGUAGCAUGGGCUGGGCUGGAUCCCCCCAGGUUCCCUCAGUGGCCCUGGGGACACCCGGAUUGGGAAGGGUACACAACUGGUGCCAUCUAGUGGCACCGGGACAUGAAGAGGGCGAUGGCUCUUUUAUACUUCUUAUUUGUGUUAUUAUUAUGGGGUAUUACAGGGUAAUAUGCCUGCGUGGCCUAUCAGCUCUGUGGGCUGUGAGAGGCCCCUUACCAGGGUGUGAGACUUGCAGGACAACAAAAGGUUGGGAAUUCUGGUGUAAGUAGGAUGCACAGACCAUGUAGAUGUUUAUUCCAUCCAAACAACCAGCAGUUUUAUGGGAAGAUUGCAAAAGAGAGUGAUGAACAGAGUUGUCAGGAUGUGCCCUGUGCUUUAUAGAAACUGCUGGAGCUUGUGAGACCAGAGGAGAGGUCAGGAGGCAGCACUGAAGAGCCAGGACCCAAGAACCUGAUUUCUUCCUGCUCCACAGCAUCCAGGAUUCCUGCUGUGUGGAGUAAAGGGCUUUAGAAUAAGGUUUUAGUUGGUUGAAUCUAAACUAAGGCCAUAUGAGCACCAGAAGACAGGUUUCUGCUCUCACCCCUGGGUGCCUCCCCACCACUUUCAUUGUAUUGGCUGUUGGGGUCAGUUCCACCUGUGUGACAGAAAAUUAACAGCCAAAAUAAACAGUUCUGCAUGGGUUUGCCUCUCCUCUUUACUUCUCAGGAGCUCUGGUGCUAUUCCCUCCCCCUGAGCUCCAUGUCUGCUGACUCUCUGUCUCCUGGUUUUCAGCCUCAUUCCAGCUGCCCUCCCUGAGCUGUCCCGUUGCCCACUCCAUGGGUUGUGGUGCUGCCUGUGCCUGCCUGUCCCGUCCAACUUGGCUCACGCAGCCUGUGCAAGGCCAUUGCAUAUUGUCCCAAUGGUCUGUUCUAAAAGGGAUGCCAGUCUGCCAGCAAUUAAAAUAAAUGGACUGGGUUUAAAGAAGCUGCUGGGAAAACCCCUUUUUUCAGAGCUGGGACAAAGUAUUUGCAAGAGCAGACUGUCUGGAGUGGUUUGUUAUAUCAUACAUCCUUUCAGGGUUUUGUUAAAAAUAAAAGGCAACUCUUG